UAUUUUAUAAGUGUAUAUUUUAUUCCCAUUUAGGCCGAAUACAUCAAGCAAUGGUAACAUCUUUAAAUGAAGAUAAUGAAAGUGUAACUGUUGAAUGGAUAGAAAAUGGAGAUACAAAAGGCAAAGAGAUUGACCUGGAAAGCAUCUUUUCACUUAACCCUGACCUUGUACCUGAUGAAGAAAUUGAACCCAGUCCAGAAACACCCCCACCUCCAACAUCUUCAGCCAAAGUAAACAAAAUUGUAAAGAAUCGACGGACUGUGGCUUCUGUUAAGAAUGAUCCUCCUCCAAGAGAUAAUAGAGUGGUUGGUUCUGCACGUGCACGGCCUAGUCAACUUCCUGAACAGUCUUCUUCUGCACAACAGAAUGGUAGUGUUUCAGAUAUAUCUCCAGUUCAAGCUGCAAAAAAGGAAUUUGGACCCCCUUCACGUAGAAAAUCUAAUUGUGUGAAAGAAGUAGAGAAAUUACAGGAAAAACGAGAAAAAAGGAGACUUCAACAGCAAGAACUUAGAGAAAAAAGAGCCCAGGAUGUUGAUGCUACAAAUCCAAAUUAUGAAAUAAUGUGUAUGAUCAGAGACUUUAGAGGAAGUUUGGAUUAUAGACCAUUAACAACAGCAGAUCCUAUUGAUGAACAUAGGAUAUGUGUUUGUGUGAGAAAACGACCACUCAAUAAAAAAGAAACUCAAAUGAAAGAUCUUGAUGUAAUCACAAUCCCUAGUAAAGAUGUUGUGAUGGUACAUGAACCAAAACAAAAAGUAGAUUUAACAAGGUACCUAGAAAACCAAACAUUUCGUUUUGAUUAUGCCUUUGAUGACUCAGCUCCUAAUGAAAUGGUUUACAGGUUUACAGCUAGACCGUUAGUGGAAACUAUAUUUGAAAGGGGAAUGGCUACAUGCUUUGCUUAUGGGCAGACUGGAAGUGGAAAAACUCAUACAAUGGGAGGUGACUUUUCAGGAAAGAACCAAGAUUGUUCUAAAGGAAUUUAUGCAUUAGCAGCUCGAGAUGUUUUUUUAAUGCUAAAGAAGCCAAACUAUAAGAAGUUGGAACUUCAAGUGUAUGCAACCUUUUUUGAAAUUUAUAGUGGAAAGGUGUUUGACUUGCUAAAUAGGAAAACAAAAUUAAGAGUGCUCGAAGAUGGAAAACAGCAGGUUCAAGUGGUAGGAUUACAGGAACGGGAGGUCAAAUGUGUUGAAGAUGUACUGAAACUCAUUGACAUAGGCAACAGUUGCAGAACAUCUGGUCAAACAUCUGCUAAUGCACAUUCAUCUCGGAGCCAUGCAGUGUUUCAGAUUAUUCUUAGAAGAAAGGGAAAACUACAUGGCAAAUUUUCUCUUAUUGAUUUGGCUGGCAAUGAAAGAGGAGCUGAUACUUCCAGUGCAGACAGGCAAACCAGGCUUGAAGGUGCUGAAAUUAAUAAAAGCCUUUUAGCACUCAAGGAGUGCAUCAGAGCCUUAGGUAGAAAUAAACCUCAUACUCCUUUCCGAGCAAGUAAACUCACUCAGGUGUUAAGAGAUUCAUUCAUAGGUGAAAACUCUCGUACCUGCAUGAUUGCCACAAUCUCUCCAGGAAUGGCAUCCUGUGAAAAUACUCUCAAUACACUAAGAUAUGCAAAUAGAGUAAAGGAGUUUGGAAUUAGUCCAUCAGACAUUCCCUUCUCACAGGGUAGUGGCAGUCGCCCUGAUCUCUCUCCUUCUUAUGAGUAUGACGACUUUUCUCCUUCGAUUACCAGGGUGAAAGAACUGACUGUGGAUCCAACUGCUGCUGGUGAUGUACGUCCAAUAAUGCAUCAUCCACCAAAUCAAAUUGAUGACUUAGAGGCUCAGUGGGGUGUGGGGAGUUCCCCUCAGAGGGAUGACCUCAAACUUCUUUGUGAACAAAAUGAAGAAGAGGUUUCUCCACAAUUGUUUACUUUCCAUGAAGCUGUCUCACAAAUGGUAGAAAUGGAAGAACAGGUUGUAGAAGAUCACAGGGCAGUGUUCCAGGAAUCUAUUCGAUGGUUAGAAGAUGAAAAGGCUCUCCUAGAGAUGACUGAAGAAGUAGAUUAUGAUGUAGAUUCAUAUGCUACGCAACUUGAAGCUAUUCUUGAGCAAAAAAUAGACAUUUUAACUGAGCUGCGGGAUAAAGUGAAAUCUUUUCGUGCAGCUCUACAAGAGGAAGAACAGGCCAGCAAGCAAAUCAACCCGAAGAGACCCCGUGCUCUUUAAAUCGGCAUUUGCUGUUAAAGGAUCCCCAGGACCCUCACUACUGUAACAUACAAUAAUGGUUCAGCUGUCAGGGCCAUUUGAAAGUUUGAAAUUUUAAGUGUCUGUGGAAAAUGUCUUGUCCCUUCACCUGAAUGACAUUUCAGUUUUGUGAAACACUCCUUUGUCUACGAGAUGCUUCUAGACCAGGAGGCACAACCAAGAUUUGGGAGUAGUGAAGCAUUUUGUUUCAUUUCCCCUAAUAGUGAUUUACUUUUGGAGAUCCUUGCCAAUUUUAUUUUCUAUAUGAUGAAGUAAGAUUGUGGACUUGAUCCAGAGGUGAGUAGUAGGGGGAAGCCGCAGCAUUUCCUUUUAACUCAGUUGAAUUUUCGUAGCAAGACUGAGCAGUUUUAAGUCCUUUGCGUGCAUGCAUACCUCAUCAGUGGUUGUACAUACCUUGCCCACUCCUGGCGACAGCUGUGCUCACCUCUUCCUGCUUUGUGCCUUGACUAAGGCUAUUGACCCUAAAUUUCUGAAGCACAGCCAAGAUAAAUUACAUUCCUUUUGUCAUUGUAAAUUACCUUUACUGUGUGUACAUUUUUACUGUAAUUGAGACUUUUUUUGUGUGUGACUAGUUAAUUUUGCAGGAUGUGCCAUAUCAUUGAAUGGAACUAAAGUCUGUGACAGUGGACAUAGCUGCUGGACCAUUCCAUCUUAUAUGUAAAGAAAUCUGGAAUUAUGAUUUUAAAACCAUAUAAUGUGGUUAUAAUUUUCUUAGCAUUUUCUUUGUAAAGAACUAAAAUAUAAACUAGUUGGUGUAUAAUAAAAAGUAAUGAAAUUCUGAGAAGAGUUUUAUCUUAGGAUAAUACAUAUAUAUGCAGUGUGUGUUCCAGUGUGGUAUUAACAAGACUAAUAGUGCAAUUUGAUCUUUACCAGUACCAUUACUUAAGUUGAGGUGUCCAUUAGCACCCCAAAAUGUACCCUUUAAAUGUACUGUUAAAGGAAAUUGGCUUCUGAUGCAUGAACAUUUACAUGUACAUUGAAAGUAGUCCAUAAUAGAGCUGUUAGUUUAAGCCAAGUAUAGACAGUACAUAACUCCCUUGAAAACAAAUUUAAGCUUAAAAAACAAAAAAAAAAGAGUUGGCUUUGCCUUAAAAGGCAGAUCUAACCCAAGUUCCACCUGUUACCUAAUGUGUGAUGUUUCACCAUUAUUUGGUGAGAAUCACAAAAUUCUCACCAACAAGUUGGUCUAGGGCAUGCUACUUUUUAAACGGUGGCACUUAUUUUUACAGAUUGCUAUUCCAAGGAAGAAAACUGGCCACUUUACAUGUAAAUAUUUUGUUACAUUUAUCUCUCUCUCUAGGAUUUUUCCCUCAGUUCCCUGGAUAGUGUAUAGGAGUACAUUAACAAAAAAAAAUCUCCCAAGGAUAUCUUGUUUUGAUUGACUAGGGAACUACCAGCUCACUCAUAUGGGCUACAGGGAAGCUGUGAAUAGAGAGUCACAUGAGCCAAAUUCCCUACUUGACUGUUCAUUUAUGAACUCCGAGGUAGUUGUGGGAAAUCCUAACACCGUGGUGAAAAACUCCUCUGUAAACUUGAAAUCUAGAACAAAUGUAGGUUUCACAACGUGCUUAUUAUUAAUAAAUGAAAUCUAUGGAAUGAGUUUUAGACACAAUUUACUUCAAUACCAAUCACCUUUGUUUUGGAAGGGACUCAGGUUUUCUUGCAGCUGUAAGAUAUGUUCUAUUUGUGUUUAUUUCAAAGAGAAGAGGAAAAAUGGGGAACUGUUGCUAUUGACUUUGCAGAGGCUGUUUUAAAAGGAGUUUCUGAGCCUAACUGACCUUCAAAGGGCAAUAAAGAUACGUGAAUUUGCUCAUUUUAAA